GUGGACAGCAGGAGGCUGCGGCUGGCGCUGAGCAGUCGUCCGGCCAGUGGGGGAUCGCCCACUCGGAGGAUGGAGUUCAUUGCUGAGCACGCGGUGCUGCGGGCUGAGCGGGCGCAGCGGGCGGUGGAGGUGCGCGAGCGCGCGGCGGCUCUGGAGGCGGAGCGACGUCGCGGCAUUGCGAGGGCGGCGGAGCUGCGGGCGGCGCAGCGGCGGGAGGAGGAGGCGAGGGCGGCGGAGGCGAGGGUGCUCGCGGAGCUGCAGGAGAGGCGGCGGCAGUGGACGGGUAUCGUGGGGUUGUGCUCCAAACUCGCAUUCCUAGCGGAGCAGGUAGUUGAGGACCGGCGGGUUCGGGCGCUGCGGGCGUUACGGAAGGAGGCGGCGGUCAAGAUCGCCACCUGGUACAAGGGCGUGCUGCUCAGGCGGCGCAAGCAGGAGCUGCUCACCCUCAUCGGCCGCCUGCGCGGCCUGCUGCCCCCCUACAUGCCCGGCCAGCUGGAGACGCUGCGGCAGCGCUGCGCCCUGCGCAUCGUGUCGUUCCUGCAGUACGCGGCCAGCAGCAACAUGGCCGUGGUGGGCGUGAGGAAGCUGAAGGCGGGGAUUGCUACCAUUCAAACCGCCUGGCGCAACGCGCUACUGGUUCGCAAGCUGCAGCGCUCCGCCCUGUACAACCAGCUGACCCGAGUGGAGCGGGAGAUCGUGGGCAACAACAAGCGGGCGGAGAGGAGCCUGCAGAACCAGAUAUUGCGGCUCGGCAAAUCCGUAAACAUUCUGGAACCCGAUCUGGGACUGGCGCCCGGCUCCCCCACCCGCGCCCCACCCCCUCACGCCACCUCCCACCACCACUACCCAGCAGCCUCCGCAGCAGCAGCUGCCGCAUCCUACAACCCCUCCGCCCCUCCGCCCCCUCGCACCUCCAACCCCGGGGGGACAGCCACGGGGGGCGGUGGAGGCGGAGGAGGUGGAGGAGGCAGCGGCGGCAGCAGUGCUAGUGCCAGCGCCAUCGCAGGAAUUAAUCCGCUGGCGUUCAUGUCGGGCGCGCUGCAGGCCGGGGCGGCGGAGGGCGGUGGCGGUGGGGCGAUGCUAGAGCGCACUACCACCACCACCACCAGCAGCGGAGGGGGCCGCUCGAGACAGUACGACAGGUCCCGCCAGCCGGGUCGCGGGGUGCUGCACGACCCGGGGGACGAGCAGGACGAGGUGCUUCGUCAGCACUACGAGAUGGUGCCCCGAGAGGUGAGGGAGAUCAGCAGCAGCAGCAGGAGGAGGAGAGCAGGCGUGGAAGCAGGCGGAGGCAGUACAGGAGGCGCGGCAAGCAGGGAAACCCACUCUUUACCUCCAAACAUCUGAAAUCCUAAUUACCUUUCCCUCUCCUUCUCCGCCCUCCCCUUACCCUUCUCCUCACCCCCUUCCCCUCCUGAAGCUCUUCCCCAACUCCCCUCCUUUCUCUCCUUCUUCCCCCCUCCUCCCUUCCCCUCCCUCCC